AUCAACCUAAGUGAUGAAGAACAAGAAGAAGAGGAAGAAGUUCUGAAUGAUGAGUUCAGUGAUGAUUCAGAUGUUGCUGAAGAAGAAUCAGCAGUUGUUACAUCUUCAAUCGAUGAAUAUUAUGAACAAAAAACAUUAGAAUUCAUGAAUUCCGCAGAAGACCGUGAUAUUGUUGAUGUUACAACUUGUACUUUUGAAAUUGCCAAAAACAUUGUCAAGAAAAGACCAUUCAGAAGUAUAAAUCAAUUUGAAUCUUUUAAUUUCAGAGAUGAAGAACCUACAAGAAGAAGAAAUAAAACUGAUGGUGAAAUUGUCAGUCAAAAGGCAAAUCUUGUGUUGAGAGGUUAUGCGGCAGUUGAUAGUCUGGUUAAACAAUGUAACAAGUAUAGUGAAAAGAUUGCCAAUGAAAUUGGGAAAUGGGGUGUUAAAGUCCAUGGUGUUAAUGAUGAACUGGAGGCCAUAGAUGUUGCAUUAAGUGAUGAUGAUGAUGGUGAUGAAGGUUUCAUGCAAUCCAAAAAGAGUAAACGUAAUGGUUAUUUCAAAGAAAAACCAAAAUAUCUUGCAAAUGAUGUUGAUUUGAAAAAUUAUCAACAAGUUGGUAUUAAUUGGUUAAGUCUACUAUAUAAGAAUAACUUGAGUUGUAUUUUGGCAGAUGAAAUGGGGUUGGGUAAGACUUGUCAAGUUAUUGCAUUUUUAUCACAUUUAAAAGAAACUGGUAUCCAGGGGCCUCAUUUAGUUGUUGUUCCAUCUUCAACUUUAGAAAAUUGGAUGAGAGAAUUUAGAAAGUUUGCACCAGCAUUUGUUGUUGAGCCAUAUUAUGGUUCACAAUCCGAGAGAGAAGAAAUGAGAGAAAUCUUGACUUCAAGAUUAGAUGAAAUUGAUGUUAUUGUCACCACAUAUAAUCUUGCCACUGGUAAUAAAGAUGAUGCUAGUUUCUUAAAACAUGCAGGAUUCAACGUUAUUGUUUAUGAUGAAGGUCAUAUGUUGAAGAAUAGUUCCACUGAUAGAUUUCAAAAACUUAUGAAGAUUAAAGCCAAAUUUAGAUUAUUAUUAACAGGUACACCAUUACAAAAUAAUCUUAGAGAGUUGAUGUCAUUAUUAGAGUUCAUUUUACCAACAAUGUUCAUUUCUAAAAAAGAGGAUUUGAAAUAUGUUUUCAGUCAAAAAGCUAGUACUUAUGAUAAUAAUCCUGGUUAUAAUCCGCUUUUAUCAGAAAGAGCCAUUUCCAAAGCUAAGAAAAUGAUGGCACCAUUCAUUUUAAGAAGAAGAAAAGACCAAGUUUUACAACAUUUACCACCAAAAGUUAAUGAAAUUGAAACUUGUGAAUUAUUCGAAACUCAAUCUGUUGUCUAUAAAAGAGAAAUUCAAAGAGGUAUUGAAUUGAAAGAGAAGAAAAAUAAAACUGCAAAUGUUUUAAUGGGAUUAAGAAAAGCUUCAAUUCAUCCAUUAUUAUUUAGAUAUGUUUACACUGAUGAUAUUUUGAAGAAAAUGAGUAAAGAAAUCAUGAAGGAACCAGUUUACUGUGAUGCAAACCAACAAUACAUCUAUGAAGAUAUGGAAAUUAUGACUGAUUUUGAACUGAAUAAAUUAUGUGAGCAAUUUCCAAGUAUUCAUAAAUAUGCAUUAAAAUCUGAAGAUUUCUUAAAUUCAGGUAAAGUUGAACAAUUGGGUAAAAUUUUACCAGAUAUUAUAGCUAAGGAUGGUAAAAUUUUGAUUUUCUCAUUAUUUACACAAGUUUUAGAUAUUUUGGAACGUGUUUUAUCUGAAUGGUCAAUUAAAUUUUUAAGAUUAGAUGGUGGUACUUCAGUUGAUAUUAGACAGGAUAUUAUUGAUAAGUUUUAUGAAGAAAAGACAAUUCCUGUGUUUUUGUUAUCUACAAAAGCUGGUGGAUUUGGUAUUAAUUUAGUUUGUGCCAAUACAGUUAUUAUUUUCGAUCAAAGUUUCAAUCCACACGAUGAUAAACAAGCUGAAGAUCGUGCACAUCGUGUUGGUCAAGUGAAUCCAGUCAAAGUCAUUAGAUUAAUCACAAAGGGAACAAUCGAAGAGAAUAUGUAUCAAUUGGCUAAAAACAAAUUAGAAUUGGAUAAGAGUAUGAGUGGUGAACAAAUUGAAACAAAGGCAGUGUCAUAUAUUGAACAAAUGAUUUUUGAAGAUAAAGAUGUUCUUAAAGGUAAAGUUGAAAUGGGGAGCUCGACUGCAACUCCAAAAGUUGAAGAAGUUGAAGUUCUUGAAGAUACACCUGAAAGUGUGUCAAAAGAUGAAGUGAAGACGGAGGUUAAACCAGAGAUUAAACCAGAGGUGAAGAAAGAUGAUGAUGUUGAGAUGAUAGAGGAUAGUAAUCAAAACUCAGUAAUUGAAAUUAAUUAG